ACCUCUAUUGUUACACACUGCUUCACCUCUUGCAUAACUUCAUAUAAGUUCACUAACUUGCACCAUGUCCAUAGCAGGACUUAUAGACCCAGAAAUGAAUCACAAGAAGUCCUUCCACCGAAGAAAUGAUUCUGGUGAACUUGAUGUGUUUGAAGCUGCAAGGUACUUCUCAGGAUACAAUGAAGCUGUUGUUGGGUCAACUUUCACUCAAAAGAUCAUGAGAGAAGAAAGACAUGGACAUAGAGCCAGAAUCAGCUUAGACAUGCCAAUGAGAAGCUUGCUUCCUCAACAAUUCCAUGGCAUGGAGAAGCAAAUGAAAGAGAAGAAACACAAGCAGCCUAGUUCUCCAGGUGGUAGGCUUGCUAGCUUUUUGAACUCUCUCUUCAGCCAAUCAGCAUCAAAAAAGAAGAAAUCAAAAUCAAGCACGCAAUCCAUGAAGGAUGAAGAUGAAAGCCCUGGUGGGAGAAGAAGGAGAAGGAGCAGCAUUAGCCAUUUCAGAAGCUCAAGCACUACAGAUUCUAAGUCCAUAUACUCUUCCUUAAGCUCAGGAUUUAGAACUCCUCCUUAUGUACAAACACCAACAAAGAGCUGCAAGGAAUUCAGAACCUUAUCAGAUCACAAGCAUGCACUCUCCAUGUCAACAAAACACAACGGACAUGUAAAAUCAACCACUUUGCAAAAUGAGUUGUUGUGGGAUGACAAGAAGAAAAGGGAACUAACUUGGUUGGAUGAUAACUACAAACAUAGUAAUGUAGUGUCAGAGAAACAAAGGAACUGGGGGAGUGAGUUGCUUGAGAAAGAUAGGAUAUGGGUAGACAAGUACUCAGCAGAAGAUAAGGAAAUCAAGAAGUUCAAUGAGGUUGAUGAUGGUGCAGAGAGUGAUUCAAGUUCUGAUCUGUUUGAGUUGCAAAACUAUGACUUGGGUUACUAUUCAAGUGGUCUACCUGUCUAUGAAACGACCAACAUGGAUAACAUCAAGAGAGGAGCACCAAUUUCCAAUGGCCCUCUGUGA